AUGGCGAUCGACGCUUCGCAGUCCGACUUUCCCUGCUCCUUAGUCAUCCACGUCCCUCUUCUAGACCAACGGCUUGCCUCCAUCGCCAUGCGCGCCCUACAAGUCGACGCUGAGUUGUCGCCGCUGGUUCGUCGAGAGUUCGCUUUGGUCAGCCCCGGUGCUGUCAAUGGUCAAACAAUCGAAGGUGAUGAUGGAUUCCAAGAUAUCCACAAGACUGUCCUUCGUACCCAAUAUCAUGCAACUACCAAUCGCAUGCUUCGGGUUGCCGUCAAUGGCUUCAUAGAGUCUUUAGGGGUCGUCCUUCAGGUCGUGGGAGAACUGGACGAGGAUAUUCUUCACUCGGGGUCGUGA